CCCAGGUCCUAUUGGCAUGGAGGAAGGGGUUUGUGGUACACCUAAGAGCCCUUGUCAUCUGGGUUCCCACAUUACUCCAUGCACCGCUGGGGACAGCCAGUUCAUAGCUGGCAGGCAUCGACAAUGCCCAGACCCCUAAAUAGCAUCAAGUGGUCCCAGGCCUGAGGGGAUGCUGCGGGGUUACAGACCACCCGCCCAGCGAGCCCUAGGUUGUGCCUAUCACGGUCCUUCGCUGCUGGCUGGUUUCUCUAAGUCUCCCCGUUAGACCCCCACCUUGUCCAUCUCACCCCUGUUGGCCAAUGAGUGGCGUGGGCGUGGCCAGCAGCUCAGUCUCUCCAGUUAAAACAGGACCAGGCCACAGCCUGGCCUCUCCGUGGCUGCCACCAGAGGGCGCCUGUCAGCGAGCACCUCAGGGCUUCUGCACCACUGCGAGGCCCUGGCUCUCUGUUUGGAAUUCUAGCUCCUCACGGCUAUCCAUUCAUUGCUUUAUAACCGACAUGGUUUAUUCUAGGGUUCCGUCUUUCCUUGUCAUCUGUCUUCCUGCCGCACUGCCAACUCCAUAUGGGUUAGGGGUUCCGGUCAGCUGUGGUCACAGCUAAUGGAGGUGCAGACACAGUAAGCUCAGGGGUGGAUGGAAGGAAGCAGCGAUGAGGAAAUCCAGUGGUUUCAGCAGCAGGCACCGCAGGGGCAAAGGCCCUGAGGUCAGAUGUAUCUGCAGUCACAGCUGGUACCAAGCGAGGGAGCCCGAGGGAGCAGGCGGAGGGCGGAAGUGAUUUGCGCUGGUUAAUCUAGGCAGAUGGUGCCACAGCGGGGGGUGGGGGGGAAUCCUCUUAGCCCAAAGCACCGAGUACUUCCGCUGUGUGGGUCACCUCCGAGCCUCUGCUCAAGGUGGCUGCCAUGCCAGGGCUCAUGGGCGAGGAGGAGGCCAAGGGCUGGAGCCCGGGCCCCCCCAUGUACGAGGAAUACCAGCCGCCCCCGCUGGACACCAUCCGCCUGCCCCGCUAUGUGCUCUAUCUGCUGAUGGCCGCGUUCGUGGUGGUGGCAGUGGCGUAUGCCAUCGUGGGACACCUCAUCAAAGACCUCGCCCACGACCUGGCCGACUGGGCCUUCGGGCCGAAGUUAGACCAGGAGGACGCCCCUCGGGAACUGUGCGACAGCACGGCCGGCGAGGACCUGGAGGAGCUGGACCUGGAGCUGGCCCUGGCCUGGCGGGCCGACGAGGACGCUGGCGAGGGGACCCCCUCGGAAGCCCGCGCCCAGGACGGCCACCGUCCCUCCAUCAGUUUCAAAGACCCGCCGGUGCAGGGCGCCUGGAGGCUGGGCUGAGAGGGGCGCCACUGUGCAGAGGAGCGCGCCGUUGCACCCCAAAACCGACCCCACGCCCCAGCCCUAGCGUGCCGCGGACAGUCUGUAAUGGAACUCUUAAGACGCUUUUAAAACCGAA